AAAGGUGGGCGGAUCUUUGCGGUGACGUUUUCGGUACGUGAAGCAGUAUCACCUUUGGACUGUUUCCUCCCUGUGGAUUAGCACCGGUUACACCUGUCGGGUUACUUUUAACCUGUGAAAAAAUACCUGAAGUAGUGAGCACGCUCCUUGUAGACAAAGUUGCGGAUUGUUUCGGUGAUGUGACCGGCGUAAAAACAGAGAAAUCAACCAAAAUGACUUUUAGCAGCUGGAUGAACCUUUGCUAACAGUCAGACUAUGGACAGUGCAACAGGUAUUGACUGAAAAAAAAGAGAAAAUUGAAUUUAACAACUAAAACAAUGUCUGGCCUAGGGGGUUUAAGCAUAGAUUUAAUUGAAGACGUGGCACUUUCACCUGCAGAGCCACAAAUAGCAGGAAGUAAAAACCCAGAAGAGACCAACAACGUAGAGGAAAAACGGGGGGUUACAGAUGAGGAAAAAGAAGAAGAAGAAGAAGAAGAAGAUCACUCAAAGGAGGGAGAGGAAGUGACAAGCUCAGCUCAUCUGGAGCCGAGCACUCUGCCAUGGCCUGGCGACAAAGACAAGAGGCCUCAGACGGACGAUGACGAUGGAGUCUGGUCAGAAAAAGGAGUCUGGGAGCCUGAAGAGAGGGACACUGGGAUCAGCGGAGGGAGCCAGGACCUGUCGGAGGAGCAGAGCCAGGCUGAGAGUGACACAAAGAGCAAGUGGAGGGAGAGCAUGCCUGAGGGCGAGAGAUGGAGGGACGAUGAGAUGGAGGUGCAGCGGGACGAUAAAGGUGAUGGCUCACUGGCAGACGAUGAAGAGGAGGAGGAGGAGAAAGAAAAAGAAAAAGAAGAAGGAGAGUUGAAUUGGAUCCCAGAGAAAGAUGUUCUGGGUUUCUCUCCACAAGUCACAAUCGUGCGUCCGUCCAGCAAAGAGCUUCCUGAGGAGAGCCAGCUGUUCAUAGAGAAGGAGCCGCAGACGGAGCCCGACUCAGUAGUUCAGGUUUAUCAAGAGUGGACUAAACAGGACGACAACUACUACCUGUGCGAGCAUCUGUGCAGUGAAAAACUGAAGCUGGCUCUGGCGACGGCGGCCGCAGGACUUCUCUUCCCUCUCCUGGUGUGGGGAGGUUACGCCCUCCUUCCCUUUGACGCACCGCUGCUGCAGAGCACCCCCCUCAGGGUGGUGUACUCUCUACGCUGCUCCUUCUUCGCCACCAUCCCUAUCCUGCUCGGUGUGUUGGUGCAGGGCGUGGCCCGGCUGCGCUACGGCGCCCUGAGGCCCCUCUAUCAGAGUAAACUGGUGAACAGAGAGGUGGCAUUGCACUGGCACUAUGUCAACGAAUCGCUGGUCCUCUUCCUCUUUUACUUCCUGCAGCUCGCUGUCAUGGCAACCUACAUCAGCCAGGACCUGGUCAAACUAGUGCCGCUGCUCACCAUCAUAUUUGUAUUCGGCAGGCUGAUCUACUGGCUCUGCCUCUCUCUGGGCAGCAGCAUCAGGGGCCUCGGCUUCGGCUUCUCCUUCUUCCCCAUACUGGUCAUGCUGGGCACCAACCUGUACUACGUCUGCUCGUCAGUCGGACAAGGGGCGGUUUUCGACGUGGAACCUCCCACGACAGCUCCUCCUCCCAGGCUGCGCUGGUGGGGUUAAAGGCACACGUACAAAAAUGUGAUGAGGAGUGAAGAGACAAACAACUGUACCACCUUUUUAAUACGACACAACUUGGCUCGUUCUUUUGGUGUCCUAUAAAGUUGUAAUCCUUCAUAUUUAAGUCUUGGUUGAUUUGGCAACACCUGUGGUUACAUAGGUAACAGCAAGUGUGGUUUAUUACAACAACAAACUCCUUGAGCAGCUGUUUUUAUUAUUAAAUUAAUGAUGAUCUGAUCAAAAAUACUCACAAAAGUGACCGUUUUUGAUGAGCGAUGACAAAUGUAUUGCAUUUCCUGUGGCUGCGUCACAAUAAAAGCCACCACCUCCAGUUGAAUACUUUAAAUUUGAAACAACAGUUGGAAAUUUGCAUCAGCAGUAACAACAGUGAGGCUGUUACCAAUGAGAUGAAAAUGCAUGCAUCGUUUCCUGUUAAUCCAUGGUGUUUAUGAAGGCAAUACAAACAUAUGUUGUAUAAAUAAUGAUGAUUUUAUGAAAAUCUCAAGGAAUAUGACUGUGGUUUUAUAUUGUUCACAAAGAAAUAAAGGACAUGAAGCAGAAUGUGGGUUAAUUUGUAGCUUGAAUGUCUGUAUAGAAAAAUGAAGAAAUCCAGUAGUUAUGAGACAAAGAAGCUAUUAUGUGCAUGCAAAUUAAAAAGAGAGAUGUGGUCUGAAGAAGUGCUCUGUGUAAAGUGUGUGUUUACUAAUUAAAUCUGCCAUUACAAAUCUUUGAACAGUCUGAACCUUUUCAUCUUGAGCUAAUAAAAUCAGGUUUUUGAGGUGAAGAGUUUCGGUUUGAGGCAUCCAGUUGUUUGGAUGUGAUGCAGCAAGGUGAAGACAGAAAAGUUAGAAAUUAAAACUGAACACUGUCAGAAGCAAAUAAUUAAAUAUGUUGGAUAUCAAAAGUAAAUAUUUAAGGGCACUAUAAGAUUUUUUUUUUAUGAGAUUGAAUUAUUAGGUUGUUUAAUGACUUUUCCCAUUUUUAUUUUGUCACAACUGGCACUAAUGGCAAUCUUUAAAUUUGAUAUUUAUAAGCAAGACUAUUAAAUGCAUCUUUGCUUUAUUGAU